AUGGAUGCGAAUAACUCAGAAGAAACGUGUAAUUUGGAAGGUGCAAGACUACCAUGGUACAAAUACAUAACAGUAGAACCUGUCAUGUUCUUUUACAUGAUGGCAUACAUGAUAACAAAUGUGAUAGAACAAACAUUUUAUAUGUUCCAAGCCUGCACGGUCAAUCAUGGUUACAGUGCAGAUAUCUGCUACAACAUAAGCAACUACGAUGAUAUUAAUAAAGAAGUUCAGGUGACUGUUUCAACUUUCCACCAAUGGAAUGGUAUUGCGAGUCAUGUGGUACCAUUGUUGUUGGCGUUCUUCCUCGGCGCUUACAGUGACAAACGCGGCCGGAAGGUGCUAUUACUAGGCGGGCUUAUAGGAAAGCUGUAUUUUUCGUUGGUUAUUACCCUUAACACUAUGAUGGCUUGGCCACUCGAGUAUGUAAUUUAUACAGCAGCCUUCCCCAGUGCCUUAACGGGGUCAGAUCUCGCGAUAUUCGCGGGAUGUUUCGCUUACAUCGCCGAUGUCUCGUCCUUAAAUAAUAGAACAUUAAGAGUCGGUAUUCUGGACGUUGUUUAUUUGAGUACAAUGCCCACUGGAGUAGCUAUAGGAAACCUUCUAUAUAACAAAGUUGUCAACCGAUCGUUCACAGCAAUGUUCACAAUCAACUCUAGUUUAAUGAUAAUUUCCACUUUAUACUGUUUGUUUUUCCUCAAAUGGCAAACGAGGCCUGAACAAAGAUCUUUGAGAGAAGCGGGAGUUAAGAAUCCUAUUACGGACUUUUUUGAUUUGCAAAACAUUAAGCAGACCUGUUUAACUUUGACGAAGAACAGGCCCGAUAAAAGGAGACUGUACCUUUGGUUCCUUUUGAUUUCGAUGGCGUUUUACACAUUCCAAAGAGAUGAGAAACAAGUGAUGUAUCUAUAUACGUCGAAGGUGUUUAAAUGGGACGCAACUAAUUUUAGCAACUUCAGGACGUACUUGAGCACGGCUUACGUCAUAGUUAUGCUGUUUGGGAUACCUCUCAUGACUAAGAUAUUGCACUGGAGAGAUACAAUAAUCGUGAUGUUAGGGGCAACAGCACACAUAACGGGGCACAUGACAUACGCGCACGCACAGACAGGCACAACUAUGUAUAUAGGAGCUACUGCAGCGGCUUUGGGCCCUUGUGUCGCUCCUCUCAUACGCUCGAUGACAUCUAAAGUACUUGCACCCAGUGAAAGAGGGGUGGCUUUCGCAUUCCUGUCUGUGAUGGAAAAUGCCGUGGCAAUGUUUGCUUCAGUUAUAUACGCCCAGCUGUACAAGGCAACCCUCGACACUUCGAGCAUCAACGCCAUUUUCUACCUUACCAUCUCCUCGCAAGUUGUAGUUUUCUUUCUGGCUAUGAUAAUGGAGAUAAUGUUGAAGGGAAGGAGCUUGGUAGCGCACUCGGAAGAGAUUGAAAAUAAUAUUACUGAUGAUGCUUCA